CGCUAGACAGGAGAUGGAUGCCCUGCUCCUUGAGGUAGCUGAGUUACCUGUGAGGUGUGGGAGCGAGUCUCUUUAGACAUCAAGCCUAACGAGCUAUCGGUUACAUAAGCGAAAGCAGAAAUCAGCCUGUUCAAUGAAGUCAUCCUGAAGCCUCGGAUCACUUGAACCGCUAGAGAGGGGAUUACAGGAUCUCAUCAUCGCCGUAUGAAUAAGAGAACUGAAGUUUGCAAGCCAUUAGGCAUGAUGGGAGACUCUGGAGCCGUGUUGAUUUUGACCUUUAUUGCCACUUUACUAUCACAAGCAGCAGGUGUCAGUCCCCCAGGUAGGCCCAGAGUCACAAGCUGUCGCUCUCCAGAGAAGGAGACGUUCACAUGCUGGUGGGAGCCGGGAUAUGAUGGGGACUUGCACACCACCUACGCCCUCUACUACCGCCUAGAAAACUCUGAGACGGUCUAUGAGUGCCCAGACUAUAAAACCGCAGGAGACAACUCUUGUUUCUUCAGCAAAAAUGAGACGUCACUGUGGGUUAACUACAACAUCACUGUGGUGGCCACCAAUGCCCUGGGGAAAAACAUUUCUGACCCCGUGGAGGUUGACGUGGUCUAUAUAGUUCAACCCAACACUCCAGAGAAUGUCACAGCUGUAGUGGUUCAUGGGGACCAGGGUCCAUUCGUGACCGUGUCCUGGGAGAAACCCCGAACUGCAGACACCCGUUCAGGGUGGAUCACGCUAGUUUAUCAACUACGAGUUAAACAAGAAAAAGAUAAAGAAUGGGAGGAGUAUGAUGCCGGACUGCAGAAGUAUUAUAACGUGUUCAGUCUUCACCCUGGUAAAGACUACAUGGUACAGGUGCGAUGCAAACCAGAUCAUGGGUUUUGGAGUGAGUGGACUCAAACCACCUACGUCAAAAUGCCUGACUAUAUAGCCAGAGAGCGCUCACUGUUGAUCAUGGUCACCAUUUUCUCUGUCUUCAUCAUCCUUGUCCUCACUUGGACACUGAACUUGAAGAGAAAGAGUGUGAAGCUAUGUUUGCUGCCUCCUGUGCCUGGACCAAAAAUCAAAGGAUUCGACAAACAGCUACUAAAGAGCGGGAAGUCAGAGGAAGUUUUCAAUGCUCUGGUCAUACAGGGUUUCCCUCCAACCACCGAUUAUGACAACUUGUUGGUGGAGUAUCUUGAGGUGUACGACAAUGAGGAACAGGAGUUGGUGCUGGAUGGAAAAGACUUAUUAGAAGACCUGAAGUCCAAAAGUCCUUCGGACAGCGACUCCGGCCGGGGCAGCUGUGACAGUCGCACAUUGCUAUUGGAGAAAUGCAUUGAGGGACGGGAAUUAGCCAGCGCUGACCAGCAGCAGUACAGCCAGCAUGGAGAAACUAGCUGGCCGUCUUCAGAAAGCAGUGAAAGCCAGGGUUCCAAACUUAGUUCUCCAGAAUCAGUCGAUAAAUGCGUCAAGAUGUGGCCUGUCGUGUUCUCCUCUCCUCAACCACAACCUCACCAGCACUUCCAAGUAAGAGCAGCCAAACCAGCCUACAACAGCGUCCCGGAGAUUCUCAGCAUCUCUACACCGCAUGCAACACCAAGCAACUACCACCAGCUUCAACAUCAAGGCAUCCCACCACAAGAAAGCCAUUUCAGCAAGGCACCCUGCCGACAUUCCCAAAGUUACAACCAGUUCAAUGAGCACAAGUUGGAAACUCAGGCUAUUAGCAUACCGCCAUCACGUUCCUUGGAAUACGUUGAGGUACAGAGGGUCAACCCGGAAAACAUGCUCCUCCUAAGGCCCCUUUCCAACCACAACCGUGAACAUGACAAUUCUGAUUGCACUAGGGAGGACUACAGCAAUGUCAAAGAGGUUACAUCAAACAAUAUGCUAUUACUGCAGAGAGACGUGUCUCCUCAGUGCCUGGACGAUUACUGUCAGGACUCGCCCAAUCAAUGCCAAACCCAACAACAACAACAACAGCUUCACCCAUGCAAAUCUGCCAUCCACCAAUCAUACAGUUUGAUGCCACAGGAAGGCAUUAGGUUGAUGGGAAAUGGUUAUGUGGACACAACAGUCUUGAUGCCGUCCUACUAGCACAUAACUGUUCAAUGCCCCGAAUGCAACAAAAACAAUAAACUGUAAACUGUUUUGCGAAAUUCAAAACUCUUGAGAUUUUCAUCUUGGUCAGACAGCAGACCGACAACAAGCUCAAACCAAGCCCUCGAAGAAGAGCUUUUCUUCCAGCUCUUGAGGAGAACAAUUACUAAAGUGUAAAGAGGGGUCUUGUUUAAGAGCUGAGGCAUCAAAGGGAGCAAUCCCUUCUCUGUGAACAUUUUUGUGUGUUGAAAACAUUGUAAGAAAGCCGUUAUAUGCGAUGGUUGUGAGAAAUACCUCCACAUGCUUCUAUAUGUGUGUUUUUGAUAUACAAAACCAAAUGAAGCCACCAGUUUUGUUUGUUUUACAGAUUUACUUUUAUGUGGAGAUGGCUCUUAUUACACCAAAUUUGUUGCUUUCUUUAUAUGUAAAAUAUAUUUUUAAUACAAGUCUUAAAGUCAACGUGACAUCAAAAUGUACCCGUUUACUUUCAUUAUACAUGUUGCUGGUCUUCUUGUCAGCUUAUUUCCAAGUAAAAGAAAACUGUUUGAAUUCAUAAUCUUCAAUGGAAAUGUAAAAACUUAUACUGCCUCUGAAAUGAUUUUUUUUCUGCUGACAUCACGCACGCCGCUAGCUUUUUUGACAAUGUUCACCAGUAGUCAACUAACUAUUUAGAUAUUGUUUUAGCAAAUUGGCAUAGAGGUCUGGCUCCAUUCUUGCAUGUAACGUUCACUUGUCACAAUCCAAUCCGUUUCCAAUGGAUAGAAGCUGUUCCGUCCUACAUUUGUUCCCUCAUUGCAUAUCCUGUUUGACUUUGAAGUCUUAUUACAGAAGUAAAAUGGGCAGGGACGGAUUACCGACCAGGCCAUUGGGGCCAGUGCCCAGGGGCCCUUGACUGCCCGGUUGUACCCUGGGCUUUAAGGCUGCGUGAUCUAGUUUGCUGAUCCCCUCUGCUUGAAAACACUUUUAGGCAUGAACAAUGACCCCUCCCCCCUCCCUGGGGCCCUUGAAGAUAAUUGGCCCCAGGACCUUUGCAAGUCAUAAUCCGUCCCUAAAAAUGGGUUGUAAGUACAGUAUCAUGUUGACUUUAUUGAUGUUCUGAGAUUCGAAAACGUAGCACUUCGCGUAGUUGAGCUCAGCACUCCACUAUGCAUUAUGUUAUUGUACAUUUUGCAUCAUGGCACUGUUAUGUGUUCAAAGCCACUGUUUUGUGUUAUUGUGUUCAAAGCCACUGUUUUUGUGUUUUUCUCACGCAUAUUAAAAAUCAGGUCAAGGACUAUUUUCUAUAAACUUAUGUUGAGUAUUGCCAAAACAUUUGAGAGUUUAUGCUAGAUGGGGUUUAACAGUAAGCAAGUCACUCCAUGUUGAAAGACAUUUUUAAGCAUAAUUACAAUUACCUGAAACUUCCAAUAUGCAUAUUGUAUAAACAAGAGAGAAUUAUUUGCUGUCCGAGUUGGUGUUAUCCUACUGUAAUACUAUUGUUGUUAAUUUCGGGAAACAAAUUUCAGUCCAUUCCUGAAACAUUGUGUAAUCUCAGCCAUAGAAUCCAAAUAUAUGUCUUUACGUAUUCAUGUUGCACUAGUGCAAAAGUGAAUACAUCAAAGGGAUUUGAACUGAUUGUAAACGAUUGUAAUUGUAUAGAAUAUGCCUUUAAUAUUUACAUCUCUCAAGUGGAGGUAAACUCUCCUGUUGAAUGUAUAGUAUGUAUUAUAAAUUAUAUUGACACUGAUUUUGAGUGCAAAAGCAUAACCAGUGAAUGAAUACAAAUGAUACACAGUUGGCAUAUUAUAAAUACAUAUUUUUCCAAAUAUGCUACUGUGUUUUAUCACACUCAAUGCUCAAAAGUGUGAGUGUGUGUCUGGGUUGGUGUGUUUUCAUUUAAACCCUAUAAGAAUCUAUUUUUCAGAAUCAAUACAUUCAGUUUUACAAUUUGUAUAUUCUAUUGUCAGAGGUGUUUAGAAUUAUGGAUAGCACUCCAUGUUUUAUGUUUAAUAUAAAAAUCAAGCUAAAAUUUUGUAUAUAAAAAUAUACAUUUCAAGGGACAGCAUAUAUACUUAGCAUUUAUAUAAAUACAUACAGCAUAUUUACUUACAAACAAAAAACAACCACACAUUUAUUAUGUAAUAAAAAGCCCCUUAACCACAAAAUAUGAGUUACACAGGACAAAUGAAUGCAUAUGGUAUUUUAGCGUUUGCCAGUGCAAAAAAAAAAAACAACCUCUGACCCUUAAAUUAUGCAUAAACCUCUAAGGAAAGAGGACUAGGAUGUAUUUUUGGGAGUCAUUUACUUUUAAGUCAUCAUUUAAACUACCAUUUACCUAUAAAUGUGAAAAAAAACAAAGGAUUAAACUGUUAUGUAUAUGUAAUGUUACAUUUAUAUGUAACCUACAGUAAAGAUCAUUUAUAUAUAGAUAUAGUUUUUUGUUGUUUUGUGAGAUUUGCCCAAACCAUACGAGCAUCAUCCUACACUAACUGUUGAUUUGUGAAUAGUGUGAUAUUUGAUGAUUUCUGUGUUGUUCACCAUGUGUAAAUGCAAAGAUCAUUUAAAUCAUUCUGCAAAGAUUAAGUAAUGAAUCAGAUUUGAUAUACAACAAUACUGCAGUAUAUUAUACAACGUUUUAAAACAGAUUCAUAUCGAUUCAUAUUACCAAGCAAUGACAAAUCAGCAAAUGUAUGUAUGUGCAUAACAAUAUCUAAUUUAAGCGGCACCUGGGAAUGGUUUUCAAUGAUAUAAUUGGGACGUAUGAACUCAAGAGAAUGUUUAGAAUGUGAGAUCUGAGAUUUUAAGUCUGAUGAUGUUUAAAUCUUUCCUUCUGAAAUCAGUUUUAAUCUCAUGCUACCAAAACCAUUAAACACA